AGGUAGUGUUAUUAAACUGACUACUAUGGCUCGAGUCUGAUGCUGAGGAACAUAAAUGUUAUAAUUAAAAUAGCUUUUCAGAAAUGUAUUCGAGAGUUUCGAAAGUUGGGUGCAUGCGCGUGACAUCAGUCUUCAGUGAAUUUGAUAUGGUUGUUGGAGUGAGCUGUCUUUUCAAAAAUAGACGAUCUUUAGCAACAGGCACUGCACAGCUAAACAUGGCAGACACCGCAGCUAAACGUGAAAUUGAUCAUGUUGAAGCCGAUGAAUUAUCUCCGAAAGUCAAACGGGCGAAAGUUGACAAUGAAAAUGGUCGAGGAGAAGCUGGAAAGGAUUCUGAAUCGGAAAAUGUUUUGUCUGGCUUCGAAAUAUCCGCCGUUUUGAGUGAUUCUGCUCGGGAGAAAAACAUCUUUAUCCAUGGGAAGCUUGCUGAUCAGGAGGCUGUAGUCAUUCUGGAGAAGACUCCCAUCAGACAAGACACCCUGACUGAGAUCUUCAGUGGCUCCAGGCUGAUGCUGGAGAUGAGGAAUGACAUCUACAGCACGUAUCGGCUCCAAGCUCCCCCUCACCUCAACGAGCUUAAGACUACAGUGGUGUGUCCAGCUACAGAGAAGCAUGUAAACAAAUACCAGCGUCAGGAGAGUUUCCUGGUGGAGGAGACAUUGGAAGACUAUCAGUCCAUCACUUUGCCAUACAUUCGGGAGCAGAGUUUCAGCAUCCAGUGGGUUUACAACAUCCUGGAGAAGAAGGCAGAAGCUGAGAGGGUAGUUUAUGAAGAUCCAGACACAGAGGUUGGCUUUGUUCUCCUUCCUGAUUUCAAGUGGGACCAAAAACAGGUAGAUGAUUUGUACCUGAUCGCCAUAGCACAUAAGAGAGACAUUGGGAGUCUCAGAGACUUGACAUCAGAACAUCUACCGCUGCUGCAUAACAUCUUCCAGAAAGGAAAGGAGGCCAUCAUGCAGCGCUACAACCUUCCAGCCAGUAAACUGAGAGUCUACCUGCACUACCAGCCAUCCUACUACCACCUCCACGUCCAUUUCACCAAGCUGGGCUAUGAGGCACCCGGGUGCAAUGUGGAGCGCGCCCACCUCCUCUCAGACGUCAUCCAGAACCUCCAGUCUGACCCCCAGUACUACCAAACCCGUACCCUGUACUUCCCACUGAGAGCAGACAAUGGCCUGCUCAGCAAGUUCAAGGAGGCAGGGAGAUUGUAGCACACUGUACUCACAUGCACUGUGUUUUUAGACUGUCAAACCAAAUCCAAGCUUUUUACUUUCUUUUUUUUUUUGCUUGCUUGACAAAUAGCAGAUCAGUUGUAUAGCUACAUAUCUGUUCUCUGUGAAAGAGUAUUUCACACAUCAAGUAGUUACUCAACAUUUUAUGUAUGUUUGAAACACGUUUGGAUAAAUCAUUUGUACAUGUUUGAGUCUGACUUCUCAUUAAGGUGCUUUUAUAAUCAUUUUCAUAUAAUUCCUGUUUUUAUUAU